ACACGACUCCGACAUCCGUAUCGACUGACCACCAUAUCGACUUCUCUCCGCCUCCGUAUCCGCUGCCCAUCCAUCCUCGCCCGCUGCUGCACUUGUCCUCGCCCGGCAAGCAAGCCAGCGUCUACGCGCCAUCACCGCCUGGAGCUCGCCUCCGGCCGCCGUCCGCCCCAUUCCCCAUCACCCAUCACAUCCCGCCCUCGCCAUGAGCGGCGACCCGGAGCGCGAGCACGCCCUCGAGGGCUACAAGAGCAAGCUGCUGGAGUCGCGUGAGUGGGAGGCAAAGCUCAAGAACCUGCGGUUAGAAAUCAAGGGCCUGCAGCAUGACUUCGACGUCUCCGAGGACAACAUCAAGGCGCUGCAGAGCGUGGGCCAGAUAAUAGGAGAGGUCCUGAAGCAGCUGGACGAGGAGCGAUUCAUCGUCAAGGCGUCGUCGGGGCCCCGCUACGUCGUCGGGUGCCGGUCCAAGGUCGACAAGGCGAAGCUGAAGCAGGGCACGCGUGUCGCCCUCGACAUGACCACACUCACCAUCAUGCGCAUGCUGCCCCGCGAGGUCGACCCGCUCGUCUACAACAUGUCGCUGGAGGACCCCGGCCAGGUCAGCUUCGGCGGCAUCGGCGGUCUGAACGAGCAGAUCCGCGAGCUGCGCGAGGUCAUCGAGCUGCCGCUGAAGAACCCCGAGCUGUUCCUGAGAGUCGGCAUCAAGCCGCCCAAGGGCGUCCUGCUCUACGGGCCGCCCGGCACCGGCAAGACCCUGCUGGCCCGUGCCGUGGCGAGCAGCCUGGAGACCAACUUCCUCAAGGUCGUCUCGUCGGCCAUCGUCGACAAGUACAUCGGCGAGUCGGCGCGUCUCAUCCGCGAGAUGUUCGGCUAUGCCCGCGAGCAUGAGCCCUGCAUCAUCUUCAUGGACGAGAUCGACGCCAUCGGCGGCCGCCGUUUCUCCGAGGGCACAUCGGCCGACCGCGAGAUCCAGCGCACGCUGAUGGAGCUGCUGAACCAGCUCGACGGCUUCGACUACCUCGGCCAGACCAAGAUCAUCAUGGCCACAAACAGACCCGACACACUCGACCCCGCCCUGCUGCGCGCCGGCCGUCUCGACCGCAAGAUCGAGAUCUCGCUGCCCAACGAGGUCGGCCGCCUCGAGAUCAUGAAGAUCCACUCCGCCAGCGUGCAGACAGACGGCGAGAUCGACUUUGAGAGCAUCAUCAAGAUGAGCGACGGCUUCAACGGCGCCGAUCUGCGCAACGUCGUCACAGAAGCGUAAGUCUGGACCCUUCUACACUGAACACUGCCACUAACACAUCGCAGCGGCCUCUUCGCCAUCAAGGACU